AGGCAGGGAUGAGGGAUCGAGAGGAGCUGAAGAAAGCCAUCGAGCAGACGGAUCGCCUGCUGUCCCGCGUCCGGCAGCUGGAGGGGGAAAACUCAGAGCUGUGCAGGGAGAAACAUGACGUUUUCCUCCGGAUGCGUGCUGAGCAGGAGAGCCUCCAUCAGGCCGAGCAGCGCUGUGUUCAGCUGGAGGCACAGGUGGUGGGACUGGAGGAGCGUCUGGAGCAGGAGGAGGGCGCCGCCGCUCAGCUGGCCUCCCAGCGUCACCGGCUCGAGGCCGAGUGCUGCAGUCUGCGCCGAGACCUAGAGGAGCUGGAGAACACGCUGACUUCAGUGGAGAAGGACAAGCAGGGUGUUACUAAGAUGGCCGUCAAGUGA